UCUGCCAAGUGUUGCAAACUGCUCAGGGAAGCCAAAGGAUUUGGCAAGUAUCAAGAGGUUUUCUCGACUUCAUGAGGGUGGUCUUUCCAUUCCGAUUGUUAUUUUACUGUCCCCUCUUCCCUUUCAUAGUACUGAGAAGCCUCCUUAAACCCUAAACCACAGUACUCUGCAGCAAAGUUGCUGAAUGUUGGCGCUUUUUUAGUAGCAGGAAAUCUCACAGUGACUGACGAUCUUCGACGCUCAGUCGUCGAAAUUGUCGCCUGUGGAUCGGAGCAGGAGGUGGCAGAGGGUUUUCCUUUCGACCAGACUGGUUGUUACCGGGCCAUCGCGAGUAGGUGUGUUUUAAGUUGCUCUGAGUUACACGCCAAUUCGACACCUUAUGAGAAGUAGAACUUAGUCAUCAUGGGGAAGAGAACAAUUGAGGAGUCUCCGGGGACGGAGAGGACAUCAAAGAAGCAUGCGACGAGUUCUGACUUUCCUUCGAAGGAGAAGUCAAGCGCCAAAGCAAUUAAGGGAGACAAGCCGAGUACACAUACUGGAAAGCCUGUAAACUUUGAUGCCAAUCAGGACGAGGCAGAUUUUCCUCGAGGCGGCGCUAGUGCCUUGACGCCAGCAGAACUUAGGGAGAUACGUUCACAAGCCGAAGCAGAGUUUGACUCAGAGAUUGGGAAGUCCACAAGAAAGGUUAAGCAAGGGAAACGAAAAAGUAAAACUGAGAAUGCUGAGGAUGAAGAUGAAGGGUCUCUAUUUGGGGCCGGGAUCACUGGAACGGUCCUAAAGUCGGCAGAAAUCUUGCGACACAAGAUUCUCUGUGUCGGAAUGAAAAUAUGGGGAGCAGUUGCUGAAGUCAAUAACAGAGAUCUAGUCAUAUGUCUCCCUGGAGGAUUAAGAGGCUUUGUCCAAGCCGAGGAGGCAUCUGAUGUGAUAGGAGAGAUUUUGAAAAGUGGGAGGGUCAAGAAGGCCGAGUUGAGAAAGAAAAGCAGAAUGAAAGAAGCUGGUGUGCAACCUCAUAAAGAGAGUGCUGAACAGAGUGACGAAGAUGCUUCCGACGGUGAAAAUGACGAGUUUACUUUGAAGGGUAUCUUUUCAGUUGGGCAGCUAGUAGCAUGCACUGUGAAGAGCCUCGAGAGUGUCACAUCAAAGAAGGAGAAAGGGAAGAACAAUAAGCGCAUAGGGUUAUCUCUUCGGCUGAGCCAUCUUCACGAGGGAAUCUCAGUCGAUAACAUGCGGGAAGGAUAUGCAAUAACUGCUUGUGUGAGCAGUAUUGAAGACCAUGGCUACCUGCUCAGUCUGGGAGUGACAGGCCUAUCGGGGUUUCUACUUCAUCGAAGUUCUGUUGGUCAAAACGACUUCAAAUUAAAGAAAGGACAGCUUGUUACUGGUGUUGUCGCAUCAGUCGACAAGAAGCGGGGCACCGUGAAUCUCAUCGUCGAUCAAAAGGCCGUGGCAGCAGCCGUGGUACUUGAACAAGAAGGAUUUUCAGUUGAACAGCUUAUCCCUGGUUCUUUGGUGAAUGCCAAAGUGCGAGCUGUGCUCCGGGAUGGCCUUCUUGUGUCCUUUUUGACGUACAUGAAUGGCACUGUGAAUAUGUUUCACUUAGAUGUCCCGUUAGUGGGGCCGAAGUGGGCAGAAACCUAUGCAGUGAAUCACAAGCUGAAGGCGAGGAUUCUCUACGUAGAUCCUGUUACGAAAAUGGUGGGAUUGACGCUCAAUUUGGAUCUUGUCCACAACCGGGUCCCAUCUUGGGCGGUGAAAUCUGGGGAUAUUUUCAACAACGCCUUGGUACGGCGUGUAGAUGCCACCAUUGGUCUCCUUCUCGAACUUCCAUCGAAGCCCAACUCAUCAGCUGCCUACGUCCAUAUUUCGAACGCGUCGGACGGACAUAUUGAUAAACUAGAAAAGAAGUUUACCGAAGGGAAGAAAGUAAAAGCUCGAGUGACUGGAUUUAGGAUAAUGGAUGGUCUGGCCAUAGCCAGCUUGAAGACAGCCGUGUUGGAGCAACUGAUUUUGAGUCACGCCGAUGUCAAAGUAGGGAUGCUGGUACACGCUACUGUUGUAGCCGUAGAAUCUUUUGGGGCCAUUGUACAGAUAGGAGAAGGAUUGAAAGGCCUUUGCCCUUUACAGCAUAUGUCUGAGUACCAGCGGUCCACACCAAGUCCAAAAUUUCAGGUCGGAGCCAAGUUGAAGUUCAGGGUGAUAAGUAUCGAUUCUGAGUCGAAGAAAGUCACACUUACUCACAAGAAGACGCUGGUUUCUUCUAAGCUGACGCCCAUCACAAGCUUUGAAGAUGCUGUAGAGGGUAUGGUCACUUACGGCUGGAUCACUGGAAUUGAAGAUUAUGGUUGCUUUGUGAGCUUUUACAACGACGUCAAGGGCCUUGUUCACAGAACGGAAAUGGGGCUUCCUUCAGGCAACAAUCCGACCACUGCAUUUCAGUUGGGUCAGGUUGUGAAGUGUAGAGUCAUGCGAUCAGAUCCUUCUUCAAAGCGGUUAUCUGUCAGCUUCUCAACUACCAACAGAACGGAUAAUGACGCAGAAGGGAUCCCUGAAAUCCAGGUGGGGAGUAUAGUUUCUGGGACAGUUUCGCUAGUGAAGGACAACUCUCUUAUGGUAGAUGUGAUGGGCCCAAGGGGUGUUACUCAGGGUGUUUUAGCCUACAGUCAGCUGUCCGACAUUUCAGGGCACGUUGAGCAAUUCAAGGCUCUGCUUAAACCUGGAUACAAGUUCGACCGUCUUCUCGUUUUAGAAUUGAAGGAGCGGAAGCUGGUAUUGUCUGCUAAGUUUUCUCUCUUGGAAGCCGCGUCAUCACUACCUUCAGAUGUUUCACAGCUUCAGGCGGAUUCUGUUCUGCAGGGAUACAUAGCAAAUGUCAUACCUUCUGGAUGCUUUAUUCGGUUUCUUGGACGACUCACAGGGCUGGCAAGCUUGCGUGAAGCUUCAGAUGUUUUCAUUGCCGAUCCAUCGAAAGUAUUUUCUGCUGGUCAGAGUGUACGCGCCAAGGUUCUUCAGGUGAUGGAGGAAAAGGGCAAAUUUUUUGUUAGUCUAAAGCAGUCCCUCUGUUUUUCCACCGACGCUUCUCUUCUCCACGGUUUUCUCAUAGAAGAAGAGAAGAUUUUCGAGCUACAGUCGGGCUCCAACGGGGCCUCAAAUGUUGAGUGGUCAAAGGAGCUUACAAUUGGAAGCUAUGUGGAUGGAGAAAUACAAGAUGUGAAGGACUAUGGAGUAAUUGUGAACAUCUACAAGCACAAAGAUAUUGUUGGAUUUUUAUCCAAAUAUCAGUUAGGUGACCCUGUCGAAGUUGGCACAAAGGUCAGAGCGCGUAUUUUGGACGUGGCGAAAGUCGAUGGUAUUGUAGAUCUCACCAUCCGAACAGAAUUGUUUUCUUCUGAUGAUUCUGCCAGUAUCAAGAAGAGCAAUUCAAAGAAGCGGAAAUCAAGCUACAACGUGGCGCCAAAACAGACGGUUACUGCAGUGGUGGAAGUUGUAAAAACCGAGUACUUGGUACUUUCACUGCCAGAUCAUGGUAAUUUGAUUGGGUUCGCAUCGGUGCAUGAUUACAACGUUCGCCUACAAGAUCCGCACAAAGACUUCCGCCCGGGACAAAGGCUGACCGCAAGAAUACAACAUUUACCAAAUGAGUCCACAGGUGGAAGGCUUUUGCUUCUACUUGACAAAUCGAGCAAGGUCGCUGAAUUGGCUUCUCCGAAGAAGCAACGGAUGCAAUCCAGUUUCACCGAAGGUGCACUGGUUGUAGGAGAGAUCCAGUCAAUCGAUCCAGUAAAUAUGAUAUUGGACCUUGGGAAGAGUGUCAAAGGAGUUAUCCAUGUUUCAGAGGUGUGGGACGAGUUUAUGGAAGGGCAUCCAUUUUCUGCUUACAAGGUUGGGAAGACUAUCACAGCGAAAGUCCUGACUACAUUCAAGACUCCCAGGACAACCGAUGGGCUUCCUGAGACUCAUUUGGAGCUAUCACUUCGCCCUUCAGAACUCUCAGCUGAAGGAGUAACAACGGGCAGUCGUCCGCUUUUUGAGACGAUGACAGUGGGACAGAUUGUGACAGCGUAUGUUCACAAAAUUGAGGAUGAUAAAGCUUGGCUCCUCGUAGGACCCCAUCUACGUGGUCGCUUGUUUAUUCUGGAUUAUUCAACCGAACCAUCGGAACUCCGUGAAUUUCAUGCAAGACUUAAGGUUGGUUAUGCACACCGUUGCUGGGUUCUGGGGAAAGAUCUGGAGAAAGGUACCCUUGAUCUUUCUUUCAGAGAAGUUAGUGCAACCGGUGAGGUGUUGAGUGGCAAGGUGACACAAUCUACUGUGGAAAAAGGGAAUGUUUUAGGGGGUAGGGUGACGAAGGUAUACCCGGGAAUUGGAGGUCUUCUUGUGCAGAUCGGUAGUGGGACGUAUGGAAAGGUCCAUGUUACCCACCUUUCUGAUGUAUGGUUGGACAAUCCUGCGAAGAAGUUUCAAGAGGGUCAGUUUGUUAAGUGUGUCGUUCUGGAAGUGAGCACUGAAGCGGACGGAAAGCUUCGAAUAGCCCUCUCUUUGAGGGCCUCACUGGGAGGUCUUGGAAGUGAAGACGACGAUGUUGGCUCGGAGACUAGGCAAGAAGACGCUGCAAUAGUGGAAACUUUGCAAGACCUUAGCGUGGGCCUACGCACUCAGGCUUACGUGAAAAGUGCGAGUAAAAAGGGGUGCUUUGUGGUCCUCUCAAGAUCUGUUGAGGGCAGAAUCCUUAUAAAGAAUUUAUCAGACACAUUCGUCGCAGAUCCAGCCGAAAGCUUUACCCCAGGGAUGGUUGUCAGGGGCAGGAUCAUAAGUGUUGAACGGCUUUCAGGCCGCGUGGAGAUGUCGUUGAGGACCUCACAGUCUACAAAUUCAAGUAAAUCAGUGGACGAUAUUCAGGAUGAAAAACGUUUUGAGAGUCUAAACGUUGGAGAUAUAAUUACCUGUCACAUCAAAAAGAUUGCAUCGUUCGGACUAUUUCUUGCCAUCGAGAGCAGCCAAAUUGUUGGCCUAUGCCACGUUUCCGAAGUGGCUGAUAACUUUCUGGACAGUCUUACGAAUCACUUUCACGUUGGGCAGAAAGUUCGUGCAAAGAUUUUAAAGAUUGAUGGAGGGAAGAAGCGGGUUUCCUUUGGUAUGAAGGAGUCUUACUUCUCCUCAGAGAAAGUGCGUUAUGGAGGUGAAGAGGAUUCCGAAGCAGCUGUAGAUGACGAGGACUAUGAAGUUGACGCAGAUCUGGACGGGUUGAACAACGGCAGAGAUGAGGAUGAUGAUAGUGAUGAGAGUCUAGGCAAAGAGAAUGACGAUCUUGAGGUUCUUGCUGCAGUUACUAAGAAAAACUUUCAAUCUAAACUAUCAGAAGUUGUACCAGCUCUGGAAGUUGAUUUGGAUCCUGAGAGUGGAGAUGAGAAUGAGGGUGGCAUUGAAAAGGGCGAAGAAGAUCGAACGGAAGACGAAAAUGAAGGAACAGAGAAGCAAAAGAAACGUGCCAAAAACCGCUUGAAGAAGGAGAGGGAGGCCGCAAUAGCCGCAGCAGAGGAGAAAAGACUGAAGGAUAACGAAACCCCAGAAACUGUUGAUGAAUUUGAACAGCUAGUCCGAGCUUCCCCUAAUAGCAGCUUUGUGUGGAUCAAGUACAUGGCCUUCAUGUUGUCAAUCGCAGACGUUGAGAGAGCGCGCGCUGUUGCUGAGAGGGCAUUGCAGACGAUUAACUUCCGAGAGGAGUCUGAGAAGAUGAAUGUGUGGGUAGCAUAUCUCAAUUUGGAGAAUGCUUAUGGUAAUCCCAGAAAGGAGGCUGUACUGAAGGUCUUCCAAAAAGCAGUGCAAUAUUGCGACCCUAAGAAGCUCUACGUCGCUCUGUUAGGAAUAUAUGAACGAACAGAGCAGGAAGACAUGGCGGAUGAACUGUUGAAGACAAUGGUUCGAAAGUUUAAGACUUCAGCUAAGAUCUGGCUUAGGUUUAUUCAGAGGGCCUUGAAGAAAGGUGCUGCAAACAAGGCUUUGGAUCAGUCGCUUCUUAGUUUGCCAAAACGGAAGCAUCUGAAGGUUAUAACUCAAGUUUCAAUUAUGGAAUUCAAACAUGGGUCACCUGAACGGGGUCGCGCCAUAUUUGAAGGGAUCGUUCGGAACUACCCAAAGCGACUCGAUCUUUGGAGUGUUUACCUAGAUCAGGAAAUUCGAGUGGGAGAUGUGGAUAUAGUUCGAGCGCUCUUUGAAAGAGCUGUUUUGUUGGAGCUGCAACCUAAGAAAAUGAAGACCCUUUUCAAGAGAUAUCUUGACUUUGAAAAAACUCACGGUGACGAGGCGCGCGUGGAGUAUGUCAAAACCAAAGCCAUGGAGUACGUCGAAAAUAAAUUGGGCUAGACUUGUGAUGUAGUGAUGCAGUUUGACAUCUGUAUGCAUUCAAACACGGGGUUAUAUAAUUGUUUAAGCUUCGAGCAAGUGGUUACUUGGCCACUUGAGGGAUUGCUUACCACAUUCCUGGAGUUCAUGACUACUGCUAUCAACAGAAAGUUUUUGGUGUUUUGAGUGUCAAGUAAAAGGUUCAAAUCUGAGUGAGAUGAGGUUAUUAUUUUCGAACUUGCAGUUUCUAUUGCCAAGAAGUAAAUGAAAUGGAUCACCAGUCUGUUUCCAUACCUGAACUUCAUUAAAGACUUUACGCGAGAUGUAAUGUACUCGUUAAUGUCGUCCGGUUUCUCUUGUGAGGUGUUAGAGAGUGAGAAGAGUGAGAAGAGUAUAACAUCGUCGUCAUU